UUCUUCCCUUCCUCCAGCCGCCAACGCUGGACUUCAGCGUAACCCUCGCAUAUCAGUGCAGAGGAUAAACUAAACUUUCCCGAGAGGCGGCAUGAAGUGGGCGAAUCUCGAGCUGAUGAUCUCCGCGAUUCGGGCGUUCGUCCCCGAGCUCGCGUCGGGGAAGCAUAAAGGCCAAGCAGGGAAGAUCGCUGUGAUUGGAGGAUGCCGCGAGUACACCGGGGCUCCCUUCUUCGCCGCAUUUUCCGCGCUCAAACUGGGUGCAGACAUUGCGCACGUGUUCUGCUCGCGAGAGGCCGCUCCAGUCAUCAAGGCGUACAGCCCGGAGCUCAUAGUGCACCCGGCGCUACGGGAAUCAUAUGACGUUAAGCUUGACACGCCGGAUCAGCGAAAAGAAAUUGUCGAAGCAGCAGUGAAGACGGUCUCUGAUUGGCUGUCGCGGAUGGACUGCGUUGUCAUAGGGCCGGGCCUGGGCAGGGACUCGCUGCUGCAGGAGUGUGUGGCUGACAUCAUGACUGCCGCCCGGCAAGCAAGCAUUCCAAUGGUCAUCGAUGCGGAUGGUCUGCACCUGGUGUCCAACCAGCCGCACCUCAUCACCAGCUACCCCCUCGCCAUACUCACACCCAACGUGAACGAGUUCUCUCGCCUCUCGCAAGUCGUCGCAUCGCAACGCGAUUCCACGGCAGCAGCAGCUGCUUCCGGCGGGUCGUCUAACCCCGCCAGUUCACUCGCCGAGCUCGCAACCGAUCUUGGAAAUGUCACCAUAGUGGAAAAGGGCGCAGCCGAUGGCAUUUCAGAUGGAAAGACAGUGCUUGAAUGCGGCCUGUUUGGCUCUCCCAGGCGAUGCGGAGGGCAAGGGGACGUGCUGUCAGGCAGCAUUGCAGUGUUCUUCGUCUGGGCCCGCAAGUGGCAGCAGCGCCUACAGGCUCAGCAACAAGAGGGUGUUUCCUCUGAUGCUGAGAUGCAGCAUCUGGUGGCAGAGCAGCUCUCAGACAAUCCAGCAAUCAUGGCAGCGUUUGCAGGGUCGUUGGUGGUGAGGAGAGCAGCGUCGGCUGCCUUUGCCAAGAACAAGCGCAGCAUGACCACCACAAACAUCAUCGAAUGCCUAGGUGACUGUGUUGAGGAUCUCUUCCCUGUAGGUCCAUGGGAAUCACAACCCAAGUUGUAAUGGAUCAGUGGGUGUACAGUGCGU